AUGAUGGGCGACAACAAUCCCCGUAUCACGUUCGGCCCCUCCAUGGCGUCCCAGACGUCGCCGGGUCUCACGCGGUCUCUGUCGUCGAGCGACCUCUCUCGUCGUCGCAAAAGCGACGUGCCUAGGCACCAGUCGCCGCAGCCGAAGCAACGCACGCCACACUACGCACUGCCGCUCAACCACGGCUCGUCCUGCUCUCAUCGCAACUCCCUCGGCGGCACGUCAGGGCCUCUCAACGACAGCGCCACCAGUUCUGUUUCCGCCUCUGGUCCGAUCAAGUCGCAGAAAGGGGCCUUUACGGGGCCUUACCGGAACGGGCCUGCGGAGGGGUCUGCAGGGGGAGCAGGCGCGAAGCGCAAGCCGCACGUGCGCAAGGACGCUCGCGCUGGCGCGGUGAACGGGGUGAAAUCUAUCUCCGCACUGAACGACGCUUCCAAGUUUACCGAAGAAGAGCUCGCCGCAUUCAGCGCCGCAGGUGCCGCUGCCGAGUCGCUUCUCGCGGAGGAGAACGGAAUAACUGUGGCGUCGGAAACGGAGGUAUCAGUUCCGACUGAAGAAGUGGUGAAGGAGGUGACGCUGGAAGCUUCGGAAACGGUGGUCGAUGCCUCGGCUGCUGCUGCGGCGGCUGGGGAGGGCCCAGAAGGAACAGCGCGGCUAGAGGCUGACUGCGACGCAGAACAGAGCAAGGCGACAGGAGGGGAUGGCGAGCAGCGUAGGAGAGAGAGCAAGGGAAGCAAGGGCCUGUUCUCCCGGUCGUUCCGAGCAUCCUUGCGCCUCCUACGGCGAGCACUCCCGAGCAACGGAUUGGCCAACGGUGCGGGAGGGAACGAGGGCGGGGAAUUGACUGGCGCGGAGGCAGGGAAGAAGACGGGCGAGCAGCGACGCCUGGAGCUGGAUGAUGUGAACGGGAACGAGGGUGGACGAGGGAAGAAGAACGGCGGCAGCGAGAGUGAGGUGAAAGGGUCCCAGGGUGCAUGGAUGGAAGUGUUGCGUGCUCCGAACAGCAGCAGUAACAGCAGCGCGGGCCAUGGAGGUGCUGGGUUGAGGAAAGACAAGGAGAAUGUGCAUCGGCUGGCGGUGUGA